AUGAAACGCCGAUUGUUGAAAGUUGUAGAACAUGAUCCCGAUACAAACAAAGAUGAAAUUGAAUAUCGAAAGAUAUUACAAGAGUUUCAAAACAGAAAUAAGGAAGCAGAGGAAAUUACUUUUUCUGACAGCAUCAGUGAAAUGCUGUAUAAAUUUGGAUUGAAAGACUACAAGGCUGUGAGUCCAAAGUUCCAAGUUAUUUAUACAAAAAUCAAAUAUUGUUUAUUUGUAAUUUUUGGAUUUUUGUUGAGUUUGUUGUAUCAAUCUGGAAAGAAGAGUUUAAACCCUUUAUUAGUGCAUUUAGGUUUGCCUGGUGGUUUAGAUGAUGUUCCUGUUGUCAUUCAUUUCGUUGCCAUUUCUCUCACUAUGUUCUUUGGAAUUCACGCGGUACUGUGUUCACCACUUGUGAGAAUUUCUCAAAGAACAAAGAAUCAAUUUCAAUCGAUGAAUUUUCUUAAGGUUAAAAUUCCUCUCUUUUUAUUGUGUCUUGCAGCACCCUAUGUGAUCAUUCCAGAGUCAGUGAUUAACUUCUACGUUACAUCAUCAAAAUAUAUACUUUUCGUGUUUAUGGUACUUCAAUCAAUUUUUAUCAUUGAUUUUGCAUACAGAUGGGGACGAAGCUGGCAAGAGGAGGAUGAUUGGAGAUGGGAUACUGCAUUGAUAUCAAUCUCUUGCAUUUUCAUUGUCUCAACUGUGGCCAUAUUUGUAGCCUCCUUCUUCUAUAGUGGAUUUAAGAGCUCUGGAUGUCUAUUGAACUUUUAUGUUACAAUAUUUACUUGCAUCCUCAGUUUUAUUUUACUCAUUGCAUCCUUAUUUACGGAGCAUUCUUCGCUGUUUAGUGGAAGUAUGAUAACUUUCUACAUUGCCACAAUAUCAUUGAACGUUAUUGUCAGCAAACCAAUCACAGACAAGAUGUGCUCUUUAUCAGGAGGAUAUCCUGUCACAUUGGCAGCGAUGCUUUUCACCACAGCAGCCGCUAUUUACAGUGCAAUUUAUUCAACCACUGGCAUCCAAUUCUUGCUUCACUUUUUGUGGUAUGGAGAAGAACCAGAAGAGGAUGAGCAGCACGAUUUUGUAAAGAAUGACACAUCACUCAACAAUAGCUACUUUUUCUUCCAUGUCUUCAUGACUCUCUGCUCGUGCUUUGUGACAACAUUUUUCCAAGAUUUUCAUGGAUGGACUGAGCUUGGAGUUCAAGCCUUCUUCCUUUUGUUCACGAUCGCGAUGUAUGGAUGGAGUUUGAUGGCUCCCUAUGUCCUGUAUUGGAGAAGAUUUGAUUGA